AUGGCCUAUUUGUGGAGAGAAAUCCUCCUGGAGACCCUUCUAGGGUAUGUUUCUUCGUCUCUCUACCAUGGCCUGGGACCAAUGGUCUAUUACUUCCCUCUGCAAACACUAAAACUCACGGGAUUUGAAGGUUUAGCUAUGGCCUAUCUUUCUCCAGUAUUCCUAACAAUUAGUCCUUUCUGGAAAUUGGUUAACAAGAAAUGGAUGCUGACCCUGCUACGGAUAAUCACUGUUGGUAGUAUCGCUUCCUUCCAGGCUCCAACGGCCACCGUCAGGCUGGUGGUCCUCGCACUUGGCGUGUCUUCCUCUCUGCUCGUGCAAGCCGUGACGUGGUGGUCAGGAAGUAGUUUGCAAAGGUACCUCAGAAUCUGGGGCUUCAUUUUAGGGCAGAUUCUUCUUGUUGUUCUCCGAAUAUGGUACACUUCACUAAACCCAAUCUGGAGUUAUCCACUGUCCAACAAAGUGAUACUGACAUUGGGUGCCAUAGCCACAUUGGAUCGCAUUGGCACAGAUAGCGACUGCAGCAAACCUGAGGGGAAGAAGCCCGCGGAGGCAGCCGUGGGGCCCAGACCCAGCUGGCUGUUGGCAGGCGCUGCCUUUGGUAGCCUCAUGUUCCUCACCCACUGGAUUUUUGGAGAGGUCUCUCUUGUUUCCAGAUGGGCUGUGAGUGGGCACCCCGACCCAGGCCCAGACCCUAACCCUUUUGGAGGUGUAAUUCUGCUGGGCUUGGCAAGUGGAUUGAUGCUUCCCACUUGUUCCUGGUUUCAUGGUACCAGUUUGAUCUGGUGGGUUACAGGAGCCGCGUCGGCCGCCGGCCUCCUGCACCUGCGCACGUGGGCUGCCGCCGCGUCCGGCUUGGUGCUCGCGGUCUUCACCGCGUCCCUGUGGCCUCACGCGCUGGGACAGCUCAUCAGCUCGGGGACAAGCCCUGGGAAAGCCAUGACCACCGCCAUGAUAUUUUAUUGCCUAGAAAUAUUUUUCUGUGCAUGGUGCACGGCUUUUAAGUUUGUCCCGGGAGGCGUCUACGCUCGAGAAAGAUCCGAUGUGCUUUUGGGGACAAUUAUGCUAAUUAUUGGAUUGAAUAUGCUAUUUGGUUCAAAGAAAAAGCUUGACUUUCUUCUUCAAACAAAAAAUAGUCCAAAAGCACUUUUCAGAAACAGUGACAAAUACAUGAAACUUUUUUUGUGGCUGCUUGUUGGUGUGGGGUUGUUGGGAUUAGGACUGCGGCAUAAAACCUACCAGAAGAAAUUGGGCAAAGGGGCUCCAGCCAAAGAGGUCUCUGCCGCCAUCUGGCCUUUCAGGUUUGGGUAUGACAAUGAAGGAUGGUCUAGUCUAGAGAGAUCAGCUCACCUGCUUAAUCAAACAGGUGCAGAUUUCAUAACAAUUUUGGAGAGCGAUGCUUCUAAGCCCUAUAUAGGGAACAAUGACUUAACCAUGUGGCUGGGGGAGAAGCUGGGUUUCUAUACAGACUUUGGUCCAAGCACAAGGGAUCACACUUGGGGGAUUAUGGCCUUGUCACGAUACCCUAUUGUGAAAUCGGAGCAUCACCUUCUCCCGUCACCAGAGGGCGAGAUCGCACCAGCCAUAGCAUUGACUGUGAAUAUCUCGGACAAAUUGGUGGAUUUUGUUGUGACACACUUUGGGAAUCAUGAAGAUGACCUCGACAGGAAAUUGCAGGCGAUUGCUGUUUCAAAACUACUGAAAAGUAGUUCUCAUCAAGUAAUAUUUCUCGGAUACAUCACUUCAGCACCUGGUUCCAGAGAUUACCUGCAGCUCACUGAACAUGGCAAUGUGAAGGAUAUCGACAGCACCGAUCAUGACAGAUGGUGUGAAUAUAUUAUGUACCGAGGGCUGAUCAGACUGGGUUAUGCAAGAAUCUCCCAUGCUGAACUGAGUGAUUCUGAAAUUCAGAUGGCCAAAUUUAGGAUCCCUGACGACCCCGUUAAUUACAGAGACAACCAAGAAGUGGUCAUAGACCCCAGAAAGGUUCCCAGGAGAAUUCAUUUCAAUCCCAGAUUUGGAUCCUACAAAGAAGGACACAAUUAUGAAAAAAACCAUCACUUUCAUAUGAGUACUCCCAAAUAUUUUGUAUAA